UGAUACAGAGUCCUAAUGCCUGGAGAGUGACCUACACUCCUACUGAGGUCUGUGCCUUUAAAGGAGCAACAGUUAAAAUGCGCUGCAUACACCCAUCCAUGACAAACCAAGCUGUUCACAAAACAUUCUGGUUUACUAACACAAAUGGUGGUCGACCUGUGGAUCUGACAACAGACUCAGAGUACUCAGGACGUGUGCAGACCCAGUGUGAUAAGAACUACUGCACUCUGACAAUCACAAACCUGAGAGAGAGCGACUCAGCUGAGUACAAGUUCAUGUUCACUACAAACCAAUCAGGUGGGAAGUAUACUGGUGAUACUGGAGUCACUUUGUCUGUCACAGAUCCACAGCUCCAGAUAAAUGUGAGGAGACCAACAGUCCAUUCUACCUGGACAGAGCUAACAUGUCACACUAAGUGUCAGCUGCCUGAUCAUUCGUCUUACAUCUGGUACAAGAAUGGACAGAAAAGGAAGGAAGAAACAGUUUAUUUUCUUCACAGCCCAUUAAAUCCAGCAGACAACUAUUCUUGUGCUAUAAGUGGAUACGAGAUGUUCCCCUCUCCUUCAGUAUAUGCUCCAAAGCUUCCCUCUGUGUCAGUGAGUCCCUCUGAUGAGAUAGUGGAGGGCAGUUCAGUGACUCUGACCUGUAGCAGUGAUGCUAACCCAGCAGCUAACUACACCUGGUACAAGAAGAAUGGAUAUUCAUCGUCUCCUCCUCUCAGUAAAGAACCUCAGCUCGUCUUCAGCUCCAUCCAGUCCUCUGACUCUGGACAGUAUUACUGCACAGCUGAGAACCAGCUGGGGACGAAAGAUCUGAACACAUCUCUAUUAAUGUGA